AUGGCAUCAUUUAAUCAUAAUCCUAAUGCUUCCGAAAAUGUUCCUAACCCAAAAUAUUUAAAAUUACAAGUACAAUAUGGGAGCGAUCAUCAUGAAUUAUUAUUGUCACGUAAAGAUGAUAUAAAAAUUGGUCAUGUGCAAGAUGAAAUUGAACGUAUUACAAAAGUUCCAAAAUGUCAUCAAACAAUCGUUUAUAAAGGACAAAGAUUAGAUCAUACUCCUGAUGCACGACUAGAUGAUUUGUACAUAUUCAAUAAUAGUAAGUUACAAUUAGCUGGUACACAAACACAAUUUCAUGAUAAGUAUUGUUGUCCCGAUCAUUUACAUGGUACACAUAGCGUAGAUGAUACUCAUGCAACACAAGGAAUUUCACAAAAACAACGUCCCUCAACAGCCGCUGCUUCUGCUACUUCAACGACGACGACAACGGAAACGACCGAAGUACGUCCACUAACCACAUCAUCAACUCAAAUCAAUGUUCGACCACUAACAAGUCAAAAUAAUAAUAAUAAUGUUCUAACAAGUGUUCGAUCAUCGACACAGAGUAGUACGAAUAAAAACCGACCAUCAACUCAAAGUCGUAAUAACAAUUCAAUAACAACAGCAGUUAUACCGUAUCAUGAUGACAGUACUACGAUUGUUACUCACACGCAUAUGGAGAAACAACAACCGAUCAUAUCUGGUCCCGCAGCACUGGUACAAACAACAGAUCAUCAUUCAGAGUCCGGUGAGACUCAAUAUUACCAGCCUCAAAGAACAAUACCUGAAACAAGUUACUUGAGUGCAUACGCUCCAACUGCUCAAUCAAUGUACCAUUCACCACAUGCGGUUAGCACAGUCCCUUCAUUAACCGUCGAAAAAACAACCACAUCAAAUUCUUCUACAACAUAUCCCACUUUUUCUUCUCACAUUGGUCAAGCUCUCGAAAAAACCAUGACAACGACCUAUGAUCAUCCAUCGUUUAUACCAGAUGCUAACAAGAAGUAUGAAUACUUUACUGUGCCUUACAAUACAGAUCCCGCUUCACUGUUACAGCAAAUUCCACAUAACUCAACAAAUCAUCAACAUUAA